AAGCAACAAUUUUAAAUCUCUAAACCCUCUUUCUAAUUACAAAACUAGCCGUUACCAAUCUCUCAAGAAAUCCACAUUCAUUAUUUUCAUCAAAUCAGUUUCAAAAUCUUCGCACAAUCAUUUCUGCUUCCGGAUUUUCUUUCGUUUCACUAGAAGAUUUUCUUCUCUGGUCAUUGUGUAGAUUAGAAUUUCUGUUCAUCAAUGGCGGCUUAUUCGAACAGAUCUCCUUCUCCACUUACCACCAGACCCGGUAAUCCAAAUCCCAAAAUUUCUGAAUCUAAUACCGGACCCAGAAGGAGCUUCACUGGAAACCCUAAUUCUCGACCAUCUGUUCACACGAAUCCGAAAAUCCUUUAUCCCAGUACCCCUGCCAAUAGCCCUUCAGAUUUUGCAAGAAGACGCUCAGUGGGGAAAGAAGGUAUCGUUGCUUCGAAAGAUUGUGAUGAAAAAGAGAAUGAUGAUCACAACUUUAAAGCAGCAAAAAUCCGGCAGGCAGGUUCGGGUUCCAAGAAUUUCAUGUCUCCAACGAUUUCUGCGGCCUCCAAGUUCACUCCAUCCCCAAGAAAGAAAGUUGUGGUGGAGAGAAACGACCCAGUUCGGACUUCAAUUUCGCUCUCUGAUGGAAAAGCCGUGUUUUUAUCUGCGAAUUCUGAAGAUUCCGAGCCAAAAUCUGAUAUGGAUUCAAAUUUGAACAACGUUCUGGUAAGUUCUCUUGACUCAAAAAUUUCUGAUACGGCAGAGAGAGAGGCUGUUGUUGAAGGUCCUCCAGUUUCCAAGCCCUCGAAGAGAGUGUCAUUUUUAGAGGUACCUUCAGAUUCUGAGAAUACAUUUGAAUCAAUGUCGGAUACAGUAAUUAUAGAUUCUGAUUGUUUUAAUGAGAAUAAGAAUUCUUGUUCAUCUGGACCCCCUGUUAUAGCUCCGCUUGAUGCUGAUCCUUCUCUGCCUCCUUAUGACCCUAAAACCAAUUACAUCUCUCCAAGGCCUCAGUUUCUUCACUAUAAACCAAAUCCACGAAUAAAAACUCUUUUGAACAAGGGAAAGGGGAUCGAUUCAGAUGAAUUUAAGGAGUUAGAAGAUAGUUUUAUGUCAGAAAUUAUAUCUGGAAGCAAUUCAGACUCCGAAGGCACAGAAGAGUCUCCGCAGAAUGAAGAAUCAGAGGAUACUUCUUCAAUCAAAAUGGUGUUGGGAGUAGAUGAAAACGAAGAAGAUAAGGAGCUGGAAGUAAAUGAAAAAGAAGAAGAGACUCAUGCCUCUGAUUCAUUAUUACCAAUCAGUACAACUGUUCCAGAUGUAAUUUCUGAGGAGAAUUUUGAGGCAGAAAGGGAUGAGAAAUCAUGGGUUUUCCCUAGAUUGAAAUGUUUUUCUUUGCUUUUGAUGUUCUUGAUUGCAUGUGUAUGUGUAUCAGUGUUGGUUACUGAUUUGCCAGUCACUCGUAUGUCUAGGCUUAAAGAUUUGAGCUUGACUAAUCUUUAUCACCAAUCAAGAGCUGCUGCUUUUACGAAAGUGAAUUUGGAUGGAUUCGUCAGAAAUGUUAAUCAGUAUUCAGUCAAUUCUCUGUCCUAUACGUCUAAACUGAUUUCUGAUUUUGGUAGAGAAAAUAAAUUGGGAACUUUGCAGUUCAUGAACUUGACUGAUUUACAGGAUGAGGUAAUGCUUGGUGAUCACUUUAUGAUGAACAAGCAGUUCAGCAAAGAAUUUGAACAAAAUGAGAUGGAAGAGAAUUUAGACACUGAAUUUAUGGAAUUUGAAGAGGAAAUUUCUGCAGAGGUUGAUUCUGAUGAGAUCAUUGAGAAGGAAACUAAAGAAGUAUCAAAUGUAUUAGAAGAAAAUGAGAUGAAAGAGGAUUUAGACACCGAAUUGCGGGAGGACGAAGUUUCUGCGGAGAUUGAUAUUGAUGAGAUAAUUGAGAAGGAAAUUGAAGAAGAAUCUGGGAAUUUUCCUGCACAGCUUGCAGAAUCCGAGCCCGAGAAUCAAGAGAACAUAAAAAAUGAAGGAGAUAUUGUCUCUUAUAUUAAUGCUGAACAGAAUAGUGAUGUAAUCCCGGAAGAUCAGUUGGCCAUAGAUUCAUUGGAUCAUGAAAUUCAAAGUGAAGCCGACAUUAAAACUGAGAAAAUCGAAGGUGGCAAUGAUCUCGAUUCUUAUACACAGGCUGAUCUUAAGUUAUUGGAUCAUGAAACUUCAUCUAAAAUCGAUUCUCUUAACACACGUGUUGAGGGUACACAAGUGGUGGAGUCGAAACUUAGUCGAGUAUAUGGUAAAUUUGCUGUUGUGGGAGUUUCUUGCCUAGUUGUUGCAAUAUUGGCAGCUGCAGCUUUCACCCAUAAGAAUCAAAUAACUUCUACGUCGUCCAACGCUGUCCCUUGUACUGAUCCAUUUUCAAGUAAGAAGACAAUCUCUGGAUUAGCUGGUGACGUUUAUCAAGAAAAACCUUCCUCUCAGAAUUCGUCAACAGAGGAUGUUUCAUGUCCUUCAGAAAUCAGCAGUUUUGUGAAAAACUCGUCAUCGUCUCACAGCAAAAGAAGAGUAUCAAAUGAAGCUCAAAGCCAUGACAGGAAGGCAAGAAAAUUUUCGAAAAGGGAGUCAUUGGCUUCUUCCUCAGAGUAUUCAUAUGGAAGCUUCACCACUUAUGAGAGGAUCCCAAUCAAGCACGUUAAUGGAGAUGAAGAAAUUAUUACCCCGGUGAGGCGCUCGAGCAGACUCAUUAACCAGUACACUUCUCCAUGAAAAUUUGACACAGUCCUUUGAUAUUAGAAGGUAGCAGCAGCACAUCUCUGAUGUGAACCACUCUCAGUUUCUUAGUUUAGUGAUUGAUUGUAAUUUGUAACUGGUGCCAGCAGUAUUUAUUUAUUUUUCAUUAAUCUAGUUUUUGAAGUGUGUCUUGUGUCUUGUGCUUAAACUUUAAUGAAUUAUUUGUACAACUUUGAUUGAUUAUUGUUCUUAGUUACACUUGCAUUAACUUAAUAUAAUUCUUAUUCGAGUGAUUGAGGCA